CUUAAUUUUCUUAUAAUAAAAAAAGGAAGUAGAAUUCAAUUUUAUUAGGAUUAAAUAGGUUUAUGUAAUUAAAAAUCCAUAUCAUCCUAAAGUGCUCCUUGGAUGGAAGGAGUGCAAGAAAAAUGGCUUUCUUGUAAACUCUUUUAUUCUAAGAAAAACGCGGAGAAGCAUUAUUUGCUGACGAGCCAUUAUAACAGAGUGCAGCAGGGCGGCGGAGGAGGGCGUUCGAGCUCCUCCUGCGCCGCCUGCAAGCUGCUGAAGAGGAAGUGCUACGCCAACUGCCAGUUCGCGCCCUACUUCCGCCCCGACGGCGACCCCAAGAGGUUCGCCAAGGUGCACAAGGUGUUCGGCGCCAGCAACGUCGCCAAGAUCCUGAGCGAGGUCCCGGAGGAGCGCCGCGAGGACGCCGCCAACUCCCUCGUCUACGAGGCCGAGGUCCGCCUCACCGACCCCGUCUACGGCUGCAUUGGCGCCAUCGCCUCCCUCCAGCGCCGCAUGGCCCAGCUCCAGUCCGACCUCUUCCUCGCCAGAGCCCGCCUCGCUUCCUAUUCUUCCUCCUCCUCCGCCGCCGCACCGGCCGCUUGCUGCUCGUCCUCUUCCGAUUCCUCCUUCUUCUUCCACCCUCCUCCUACCCCUCAGGCCGUCGCCACCAACGCCGAUUUCCCGAAGUCCUUCUCCGGCGAGUUCCCGCCGCCCGGUGAGUUCUACGACCAAUUGUCUCUCGUCGCCGAUGACAGUCCUCAGUUUGGACAAUACCCUUUCAUCCCUUGGCAUUAAUUAAGCUGUAAAUUAAAUCAUGCUUAUUUGCUUUCUUAAUUAUUACUCCCUAAUCAUGAUUGUGUAUAUAAUUCUUCUUUACAUAUUACUCCGUACUUCAUUAAUCCUUAUAGAGUUCCAAGUAUAAAUGAAGAAGAGUCAUGAGUACUCACAUUAAUACAUUAAUUUUGAUAUUAAAAUUUAGAGUGGAUU